AUGACUUUUAAAAACCUACCGCCUUCUUACCAAGAGAGCGAGCUUGAAUUCAAAGGAGAUGAAAAAGUUGAUAUAUCCGCAAAAAGCAAGGAAUCGAAAGCUGGGCCUUUUGAGGGUACUACUGCCACGGUCCACCACAAUAGUGCGGACUCUUUGCUUGUACGAGACAGGGAACUAGCCAUUUGCAAGACCGAUACAUACACAUUCGUUAGUGAAGACGCUUGGAAGAUGUACGAGAAGUCCUUAAAGUCCAAAAACGAUCACUUGCGAAUGCUGCAACAGAAUGGCAUUGGUAUCCCUGUUUUGAAAGGUGAAUUUAACGCCUAUGCUUCAUCUGCCCAAUUUAUGGAGUUUUACGCAUACAAACUUCCCGAGUUUGGGUCGUUCAACUUUAACAACGACUACUUUCAUUUCUGUGCCGUCAAGAGGUUGUGCCGUCCUGCUUACGACUGCUUUGUAUUUACCUUCACUCCUGAUCGUGAAGAUCCCAAACAAAAUUUCUCAUUCACAAUGUUUAGCCACGCCGUGCACCCGAUCAAUGACUACAAAUACAAAGGUGAAAUCCACAGAUGGGUAGAUGAAUCGAAAAACAGCUGCAAUUUGGAACCAAAGAAGAAACGAGGCUUGUUCUUCUCCAAGGCAAGUCCCGAAACUGAGUUCAGGCACACUAUACUUGAUGACAAUCAGCCAUCCUUGGUUGAUUCUUGGGAUGGCAAGGGCACCAAGCUCGACAUGAACUCGUCAAAGAAUCCCUUGUUGAAGCCUCAGUAUGGAAAGCUUACUGAUGACCAACUAUUUUACGGAAGAAGCAAUAUAGGGAACUGCACAAGGGAAACGAAAGGGAAACCGGCCAUACUCAAGAUUUGCGAUGCCGUGGCGCGUAAAGAUUUGGAUCCGGAAUGUGUUGCUUCUGUGGGGCUCGAGGCAUUGGUGUCCGCGUGCGUUGCAAAAGUGCUAUUGACCAACAAGAAAUACAUUGAUAACGAUAAAAAGAGGAAUUAUCAAUUGGCAAAACCGGAAUUGUUUGAUUAG